AUGAAUGAAGUGGACGAUGCAAUUCCUAUCCUUCAGAAAGUGUUAACCCUAGCCCCAGGUUCACAAAUGGCUAGUGUGGAGUUGGCACGUGCUCGAGCUAUACGUCAGAAAGAACGUGAGCAUUUAUCACGGUCAGUUAGUCGCCGAUUUCCAAAAGUUAAACAAAAUAAGACGCCCAAAUUGUCUACUAUGUCCAAAGUUAAACAGGCAGUGAGUUCUCGGUCUGUGAUUGUAACAAGUAUUGUGGCAGUGUUUUCCGUCUUUGUCGGUCUAGUUGUAUACAUAUAUCAACCUGUUCUUAUGGGUAUUAGUGCAUAA